AUGGAAUUAGCUACAAGAGCUGCCCGCAGAUUAGCCCAGUGCACAGCUAGAAACAGAUUGUACAAUGUGACAGUACAACAAAGACAGGCGAUUAGCCCCGUGUCAGAUCAGAUCGACACCUCCCCUCGCAACAUGGCAGACCACGGCCGGCAAGUGCCCGAUUGCCCAAUAAUCCUUACACAUCGUGCAUACAAAGCACCUACAGAAGCAGCAAGUGAUGGACGGACACAUUCUGAAAGACAUCUUACGGUUCCUGAGCGAUUGACGGAGCUGCACUUGAACAGUAUCAAUGGGGUUUUGGAGCAGGAAACUUCAGUCAGAGUCAGUGGGGAGGAGCCGAACAGCCCAUCGGUUUCUAACAACUACCUUGAUGACAGUAACCGGCCAAAUACAGUUGGCUUGUACUUCAAUGAUGGAAAGAGAAGGGUGGACUAUGUCUUGGUUUAUCACUACAGAAAGCAUACACACCUGACUAACAUUCAUUUGCCUGGAGCUCUUAUCCCUAAUGGGAAUACACGGAGUCCCAAGAAAAGUGAAAUCCCAGAUCAUCUCCCUGGUUCUAAAAAAGAUGUGAUUAUAGAUAUCGUUAGGCUUGAAGAUCAUCUGGAGGAAGAAGAAGGAAGGAUUUGCAGAGAAGAGUUUGAGAAGACCCUGUUAGAAAGUGGACUUGAGUUAGAGAAAGACAAAGAGAUUAAAAACCAAGGGACAGUUUUUGUAAGACUACAUGCUCCUUGGCACGUCCUCAGUCGAGAGGCUGAAUUUUUAAAAGUAAAAGUACAGACCAAAAAGGGCUACGAACUAAAAGAGGAAAGUAGAAUCAAGAACAAAUUGAACUCAAUCUGGGAAAAGCUCACGAAGCCUUUACAGCCCAAUGUCUCAGAGUCGCAAACGAUUAAUAAGAAUAAACACGUGUCAUCUCCAUUCUGCAGAGAAAGAAUGCAUUUGUACAACAUAACAAAUAAGGAAACCUUUUUUGAUACUGCAACACGGAGUCGAAUAGUAUGUGAAAUAUUGAAACGAACGACCUGUAUCAAAGGCAGUUAUAAUAUGGGUAUAACUGCAUUGAUAGCGAAUGGAGUGUAUGAUUCAGCUUAUCCUCUCCAUGAUGGUGAUUUUGAAGGCAAUGACACAGAAGAGAAUGAACGCAAGCUGCUGUAUCAAGCAUGGGCACGAUAUUCAGUCUUAUAUAAAUACCAACCAAUAGACCUGAUAAGGAAAUAUUUUGGAGAGGAGAUAGGACUAUACUUUGCCUGGCUGGGUCUGUAUACAGAGCUCCUUAUCCCAGCAUCGCUGGUUGGGAUCAUAGUGUUUCUUUAUGGAUGUGCUACAAUAGACAAUGAUAUACCAAGUGUAGAGAUGUGUGAUGAGAAGAACAACUUCACCAUGUGCCCACUCUGUGACAAGUCCUGUGACUACUGGAACCUCAGUAACGCUUGCUCCACAGCACGUGCCAGCCACCUGUUCGACAACCCUGGCACGGUGUUUUUCUCCAUCUUUAUGGCAGUCUGGGCUACAGUAUUUCUUGCCUGCUGGAAACGUCGGCAGAUGAGGUUAACUUACAAGUGGGACUUAACUGUUUUGGAAGAGGAAGAAGAGCAUCCAAGACCAGAAUACGAAACCAAACUUUUACAGAAGAAACUUUUGAACGAAAAACAGAAUGAAGAUCUGAACAAGAGAGAGUUGGAUGACUAUACAAAAGGCAAAAACAAAUGGAGUAACAAGGUCUUGUCAUCUAUGGGAGGAAAUAAUUUGGCUGACAAUGACAAAUUGACUUGGAAGGAUCGAGUUCCUGGAUACCUGGGGAAUUUUGUGUCAAUCCUAUUCAUGAUUGGCUUGACGUUUUCUGCUGUCUUUGGAGUGAUCAUUUAUCGGAUCUCCGUAGAAGCAGCUAUGGCCCUGAGUACAAACGAGAAUACAAAGUCAAACAUCCGGGUCACAGUAACUACAACAGCCGUCAUCAUCAAUCUUUUGGUGAUUCUCAUCCUGGAUGAGAUCUAUGGAGCUGUAGCUACGUGGCUGACAGAAAUGGAAGUACCCAAAACAGAAAAAAUCUUUGAAGAGAGAUUAAUUCUGAAAGCAUUUCUAUUGAAAUUUGUCAAUUCUUACGCCUCCAUUUUCUACGUGGCCUUUUUUAAAGGACGGUUUGCUGGCCGGCCUGGACAAUAUGUUUACGUCUUUAAUAACUUCCGCAUGGAGGAGUGCGCUCCUGGAGGAUGUCUGAUGGAACUCUGCAUCCAGCUGAGUAUUAUUAUGUUGGGAAAGCAACUCAUUCAAAACAACCUCUUUGAAAUUGGAGUUCCGAGAAUGAAAAAAUUGUACAGAAAGCUAAAGGAUAAGAGGGCUGAACCUGAAGAACUGACCAAUUCUACUCCCACAAGACAAGCUCAGCAGUGGGAUCAGGACUACAAGUUGGAACCCUAUACUGGCCUGACCCCUGAAUACAUGGAGAUGAUUAUCCAGUUUGGCUUUGUGACACUCUUUGUUGCGUCCUUUCCACUGGCUCCUUUAUUUGCUCUUCUAAACAACAUCAUCGAGAUACGACUGGACGCAAAAAAAUUUGUUGCUGAGUUAAGGAGAGCGGAUGCAGUACGUGCAAAAGACAUAGGAAUUUGGUAUAACAUCCUUAGUGGUAUGGGAAAAUUCUCUGUCAUCAUCAAUGCAUUUGUAAUCGCUGUCACGUCAGACUUCAUCCCACGCCUGGUUUACCAGUACAUGUAUAGUGAUGAUGGGAGCAUGCAUGGCUUUGUCAAUCAUACUUUGUCCUACUUCAAUGUCAGCGAAUUUCAACAGGGAACAAAUCCACAAUCAGUACAGUUCAUCAACGUCAAAGUCUGCAGGUACAAAGAUUACAGAGAGCCACCAUGGUCAGAGGAUGCCUAUGACUACUCCAAGGAGUACUGGGCAAUAUUGGCUGCUCGCUUGGCAUUUGUUAUCAUCUUCCAGAAUUUGGUAAUGUUCUUGAGCGAGGUGGUGGACUGGUUAAUUCCCGGCACCCCGAAAGACAUCAGUGUACGGAUCAAAAAGGAGAAGACUUUGCUAGAUGAUGUAUUCCUGAAGAAAGAAGAUGAGAAGCUCCAGUUGAUUAAAAGCUUUCUGAAGCCAAACCAAAGGCAGAAACCGAAGGUGGCAAAUGGAGCCUGGCCGACACGAGCAGCCAGUUUCACUCAUUAUAACAGAAACCAGCACAAAAGCUUAAAGUCGUUUAGCUUGCAGCACACGGAUGUGUGAGGUCCAGAAUCUCAGAGGACAAACCACAUGUGCCCUUGACACAGGGAAUAAAUUGCUGCUUUACACACCAAUUGUAAUUGCUAAUGGUUUUGUCCAGAAAAAGAAAUAUCGAUUUGAGAAACUUCAAAAGAGCGACACAAAACAAUUGCACGAAAU